AAUUAUCUUUUCACGUGCUCUGCAGCGCCGCCGCACCGUGAGGCGGGAAAGGGCGGGAAGCGGCAGCCGCGCGCGGCGCUGAGGGAAGGGGCGCCUCGCGCCGAGCCUCGGCGGUCGUUAACGGCUCUUAACGGCCCUAACGGUUCCUUAACGGUUCCUUAACGGCUCCUAAAGGCCCCUAACGGCCGCUACCGCCCCCUAGCGGUCCUGGCCGGCCCGGACGGGCGCCGCCGGCAGCCUCUUCGCACCUUUAGGUUGGGGGCUGCUGAGGGGAAAGCCGUGAGGGGGAGGAAGGAGGGGAGGGCGGCAAGGAGCCGGGCUGGCCGCGGGGCCACCAUAGCAUGCCGUAUGGCGACAGGCGACCCCCCGCGCUUGGUAGCCAGGUGUGAAGGUGGAGUCUGAGGCGGGAAGGUGGAGCCAGGAGCGGCCAGAGCUGAAGGCCGACGCCGGAUGGAGCUGAGGUGAGGGUGGCUGAGUGGCUGAGCCAAAUGGUUGGGGAAGAGGAUGGAAACCACUUUGAUGACUCAUCUUGGAGGCAGGAGGAUAUCUCUGAGAUAAUUGGGAAAAUACUACUUGUAACCAGGGAUAACUGCAAGAAGCACUGCUAAGCUGGAGGACAGAAGGAGAGGAACCAGCAUCUUGCCUGGAUGUUAGCACAGCUAAUGGCCAUGUCCUGCCAGGAAGAGAGAGCAGAUUACCAAAACAUGAUCAUCAGGAAAGCACUUGCUCGUCCUUCCAGACCCGAAGACAGCACCAGGCACGGCAGAAACCCUGGUGUGAGUCAUGUCCAUUUAAAUAUGGAAGCACAUCAUAAAACCUAAUGGAGAGUCCAAAAGUCGCCGCCGCCGCCGAGCGAGCAGGGAAGGGAGCGCUGGAGGAGCGCCGCGGUGGCCGCAGCGCGCCCGCCGGCCCCGCCAGCCGCCCGCCGAAGAUGCACUUCAGCACCGUCACCAGGGACAUGGAAGCUAUCUCCAGCCCCUGGCUCACCCAGCUGUCCCAUUUUUGCGAUGUUGCAGCUUUCACGGCCAACAGCUUGAGCAGCCUGAACGCCUCCGGGGGGUACCACCUCUCCCCCUCCCCGGGGGACCCGUACGGACAGCAUGAGCCGCCGCACUACGAGCCCUGCACGGCUCAGCAGCACCCGCACCCGCCGCCCCAGCCCCAGCACGGCUACCCCUUCGGCGGGGCGGCGGCGGCCGGGGCCAACCCGCCGCCCCCCGGCCCCGAACCGCCCGAGGGCGCCGGGGGAGCCGCCGCGGGACCCGCCGCCGUCUCGGGCUGCUCCGCGGGGGCGGCCGCCGCGGCCAAGGCGCCGGUGAAGAAGAACCCCAAGGUGGCCAACGUGAGCGUCCAGCUGGAGAUGAAGGCGCUGUGGGACGAGUUCAACCAGCUGGGCACCGAGAUGAUCGUCACCAAGGCCGGCAGGCGCAUGUUCCCCACCUUCCAGGUGAAGAUAUUUGGCAUGGACCCCAUGGCUGACUACAUGCUCCUCAUGGAUUUUGUCCCCGUGGAUGACAAGCGAUACCGGUACGCGUUCCACAGCUCCUCCUGGCUGGUGGCCGGCAAAGCCGACCCCGCCACCCCCGGCAGGGUGCACUACCACCCGGACUCCCCGGCCAAAGGGGCGCAGUGGAUGAAGCAGAUCGUUUCCUUCGAUAAGCUCAAACUGACCAACAACCUGCUGGACGACAACGGGCAUAUCAUUUUGAACUCCAUGCACAGAUACCAGCCGCGUUUUCACGUGGUCUACGUGGACCCCCGGAAAGACAGCGAGAAAUACGCGGAGGAGAACUUCAAAACCUUCGUCUUCGAGGAGACGCGCUUCACGGCCGUGACCGCCUACCAGAACCACCGGAUCACGCAGCUGAAGAUCGCCAGCAACCCUUUUGCCAAGGGAUUCAGAGACUGCGACCCUGAGGACUGGCCCAGGAAUCACAGACCGGGGGCCCUUCCUCUCAUGAGUGCUUUUGCCAGAUCACGGAACCCAGUGACCUCCCCUGCGCACCAAAAUGGCACAGAGAAAGACGCAGCCGACGCCCGCCGCGACUACGAGCGGGAGGCGGCCGCCGGGGCCCCGCUGCACGCCGAGGCCGCGCACCAGCAGCUCCUGGCGCGGGUGCUGAGCCCGGCGCUGCCCGGCGGAGGAGCAGCAGCAGGAGGCGGCGGCGGCGGCAGCCUGGUGCCCCUGGGGGGCGGCGGCGGGCGGCCCAGCCCGCCCCACCACGACGUGCGCCUGGAGCCCGGCGAGGCGCUGCAGCAGCACCCCUACAAGUACCCGCCGGCCGCCUACGAGCACUACCUGGGGGCCAAGAGCCGGCCCGCCCCCUACCCGCUGCCCGCCAUCCGCGGCCACGGCUACCCGCACCCGCACCACCCGCACCACCACCACCACCACCACCCCGUCAGCGCCGCCAACGUGUACCCGCCGCCCGCCGGCCCCGCCGCCUACGACUACGGGCCCCGGUAACGCCGCCCGCUGCCCCCUCCCCCGGCCCCGCGUGCCGCGACCGUUAAACGGCCGCUCGCCUCAGCCGCCUGCUUCCCGCCUUUCGCUCUCGGCCCGCCCUACGCGGGAGCUGAUAGGUCGGCUCGGGUGAUUGACAAGCGGCGGGGCCAGUGGUGGGGCGGCGCUGCGUCCGCUCCGCCGUGAGGGGCCGGGCUGUGAGGGCCGGGGGGUCGCCGCCGCCGCCCGGCGCUAAGCGGAGUCUCCGGGCAUUGACCCCCCCCUCCCCGCUCAGAGGCUGAGCUCCCGGGAAGAGGGCAGGAGGCCGGGGGAGCGGCGAGGUGCCGUGCCCGAGGCCCCGCCGGGCGCCCGGCCCCGAGGACGGCGUGAGGCUGGCCGGGGCGGCGGCGGGCCCUGGGAAGGGGCCUCGCCUGCACGAACUGCCGUCAGCCACCCCGGGAUCCUCGGGCUCGCUCGGGGCUGGCUCAGGGGGCUCUUGGAGGAGCCUGUCAAAGGACACAGUUUAACCUAAGGGAACACUUUGAAUCGUCAAUGUAAGAACUACACCUAGCCCGGCCCUGCCUCCGCCCGGGAGCGCUGGGCCUCACCCGGCAGUUCAACCACCACAGCGCUCUGUGGAGCUGUUGAGAGGAGGCCAUGGCCAUGAAGCACAGCCACGCGCAGCUCCCCGCUCUCACAGCAACUCGUACCAAGAUGUAAAAACUAGUCUGGGGGUGGUGGUGGGGGAUCCCCGCGGUGUGUUCUCAGCAAUAGUUGGUGAACUGGCUGCUUCCAGAGGCAGCCUUACAAUACUGCCUUCCUACAUCCUUCACUGAGCUCCUUAUGCUCUCCCACUGAGAGGUGCCUUUUAGAGGAACUGGGGAAUUUUUCCCCAGCAUGCCUCACUCCUUAUAUUUGGUUGACCCAAACUGCAGUAGUCCCAAAGCACCUAUUCUGCAUCUACCUGCUUGCUGCAUCUUUCCUCUUAAAGCUGGUAAGUACUUUUUUUUUUAACUAUCUCCUUCGGUAGUCUUUCCUUGCACGUUGGAAAGAUGGGCCUGUUCAUCAUGGUUUACUGCAGUGAUGCGUUUUGAGCAGUUGGCUUGUGUUUUUUGUCAACUGCUCAUCGAAUGUCAGACAUUUUGUAUUCAGAGAAGGUAUUGAACAGCUCCUCAGCUGUGUUGGUAUACAGUAUUAUAAACACUUUCACAAUUCUUCCACGUGAUUCUAUGAAAAGAAGAGGGGAUAUUUUUCUUAUUGUAAGUCCUCUAUUCGUCCAUAUUUGUGCAUUUUCACUACAAACUCUGCAACUGUUUAUUGAUAUCUUUUAAAAUAUAAUCCCUUGCACAGGUGGCAGUGUUAAUAGUAAUGUUUAUUCCGUCUUGCAGUGGGCAUUGGGCUUCCAAAAUGUUUUGGAAGGAUUUAAGAAGGGAUGCAGGAUAACAUGAAUAUUUUAUGUAUAUUUUUUUUCCUGUUAUAAAAAAUAUAUCUGGAUCCAUGAAAAAGACUUGUGCAAGAAAUAUGUAUUUUAUUUGACAUUUGCAGUGAAUUGUGAGAUUCAUAGUGUCUGACUAAACCACAAUUAAUGUUCUCAGAAAGGUUGAUGUAAAAUAGCCUUGUGCUUAUUAUUGGUCAGUGGGAAAAGGCUCUCUGAUGUGCUCUGUUGCUUUGCCACUGUUAUUUCAGAGUUUUCAGUUAUGAUUUGUUAUGUGUAAACGGAUUAGUGCCAAAGCUUUGGUCAAACGUUUAAUGAAGUUGUUAUAUUUAUUAUUUCUUUCAAAGAUUAUACAAAUGCUUUUUUUCUUGUUAGUUCCAGAGUAGGGAAAAAGUGAAGACAACCAAAGAAUCAUAGCUGCAAACAGUGUAGAUAAUUGUAGAUAUUUGUAGAUAUAUGUAGAUAAUCUUAUUACGUUUAAAUUGAAAAGACGUUGGACAGUGACAUUUAUAAAUGCUUUUCCUCUUCUUU